GCCACCACGCCCGGCCUGUUUAAUCUUUUCUUUAUGGAACUUUCUACCUGCAGCGGUUUUGCCUGGCUCACCACCUGUUCAAGCAACAUGUCUGGCACCCGCAAGACACUCAGUAGAUUUCUGUUGAGUAAAUAAGUGAAUUUUCCCUACCCAGGGCUGGGGCAUGAGAAAGAUAUAAGAGGUAUAGCAGAAUAUAACAUGAGCCUAGAUUGUCCCCAGAAAGAGGGUUGAAGAUGAAAGCUCUUCAUAGUGUCCUAGAGUUUGUGUGUCUGUGUGUGUGUGUGUGUGUGUGUGUGUGUGUGUGUGUGUGUGUGUUUUCCUGGAGGAAUAGGUCCUGGAGAAAUAGUCCCAUUGCUUUUUCCUUGAGAACACUUCAAAGUGCUCUCUGGAAGUCUUGGAACUCUAGAGAAUCCCCCAAAGUGACCCAGGCCUUAGGGAUCCCCCCAACCUCAAUGCCAGCCUGAGCCCUGGGGCCUUCCCAACAAAAGAGUGAGGGCUGGUGCAGACAUGUCCCAUUGUAUUCCACUUGAACACCUCUCUGCUGCUUUCGGGUGGGGCCCUCUUGGCGUAGGCCAGGUCUGAGGACAAAAGUGUCUCUGUUUGGGUUGCAGAUUGCAGAAGGCAUGGCCUUCAUUGAGCAGAGGAACUACAUCCACCGAGACCUCCGAGCCGCCAACAUCUUGGUCUCUGCAUCCCUGGUGUGUAAGAUUGCCGACUUUGGCCUGGCCCGGAUCAUAGAGGACAAUGAGUACACGGCUCGGGAAGGGGCCAAGUUCCCCAUCAAAUGGACAGCUCCUGAGGCCAUCAACUUUGGCUCCUUCACCAUCAAGUCAGACGUCUGGUCCUUUGGUGUCCUGCUGAUGGAGAUCGUCACCUAUGGCCGGAUCCCUUACCCAGGGAUGUCAAACCCUGAAGUGAUCCGAGCUCUGGAGCGUGGAUACCGGAUGCCCCGCCCAGAGCACUGCCCAGAGGAGCUCUACAGCAUCAUGACACGCUGCUGGAAGAACCGUCCGGAGGAGCGGCCGACCUUUGAAUACAUCCAGAGUGUGCUGGAUGACUUCUACACGGCCACAGAGAGCCAGUACCAACAGCAGCCAUGAUGGGCAGGACCAGGGCAGGGCCAGGGGCCCAGGUGGUGGCUGCAAGGUGGCUCCAACACCACCCACCAGGGCCCAGGCUGCCUUCCUACUCCCAGACACCCACCCUCGCUUCAGCCACAGUUUCCUCAUCCGUCCAGUGGGUAGGUCGGACUGUAAAAUCUCUUUUUGACUCUAGCAAUCCAUAAUCUGACAUUCUCAGGAAGCCCCCAACUUGAUAUUUCUGUUUCCUGAAAUGGUUGGAUUUCAGUUACAGCUGUGGUUUGGAUGGGAAACUUUCAAAAUAGUGAAAUGAAUAUUUAAAUAAAAGAUAUAAAUGCCAAAAUCUUUACC